AUGACCGUCCAAGCUUCCAAGUUCACCCCCGAGGUGCUCAUCUCAGCACCGCGCCGCUCUGCUGGUGUGCCCAAUGCUAGAGGCGAUAUCGUUCUUUACACGGUGUCGACAUACUCCUUUGAAACUCACUCCAAGUCUUCUCAAAUUCGCAUUCUCAGCCUCAAAGAUGGAGCUUCACACCUCGUCUCCGAGGACACUGGAGCCAGCGAUCCCGUCUGGAUCAGCGACACCGAAGUUGCCUUUUUCAAGGGCAGUGACAAGGGCACCGAUCUCUUUUACCAGAAUGUUGAGGCUCCUACAGAUGAACCCAACCUGAUUCACAGCUUUCACGGCUCCCUGUCCAGCGCCAAAACCAAGACUUUGUCUAGCGGCAAGGUUGCACUGGUCACUGCCGCCGUCACCACGCCCGACGGCAACCUCUUCCUCGCCGCUGACGAAGAGAAGCCGCUAUCCAGUGGCAGAACUUACGAUUCGCUUUUUGUCCGCCAUUGGGAUACUUGGAAGACGAAAAACGAGAAUGCGCUCUGGUACGGCCAGCUGGCGAAGGAGGAUGGCAGGUGGACGCUCGAGAACGACAGUUUCAACCUGCUCGUCGGCAUCAAGCUCGCGUCCCCCAUCGGACCCUUUGGUGGCGCUUCCGAUUUUGACAUUCACGAGAAAGGCAUCGCUUUUGUCGCCAAGGACCCCACGCUCAAUCUGGCGCGCUACACCAAGACUGACUUGUACCUGGUGCCGCUCAAGUCCUUUACUGACCAGCCCGGCGCACCAGAAAUUGUCAAGACCGGAAACCUGAUUGGCUAUACCCACAACCCGACCUUCUCGCGCGAUGGUAAGUCUAUUGCGUUCUUUCGAAUGAAAGACAAGCAGAACGAGGCCGACAAGCACCAGCUUCUCGUCAUUCCUGACAUCAGCAAUCUCCAAAAGGUUGAGACCUUCUACGCAACAAGCGAUGACAGAGGCAGUUGGGACCGCAACCCCUCGUCCAUUCUAUGGACCGCCGACAAUAAGCACCUGAUUCUUUCCGCCGAGCAGCAUGGCAGAGUUCUGCUGUAUAAGGUUCCUUCGUCUGCUUCCGAGGCCACGAAUCUGCCAGCUCCCAUUUUUGAGGAUGGAGCUGUCUCUGACGCCCACCUCUUGGGUGAUAGCGAUACACUUCUCGUCACCACACGAUCCCGUAUCGAGAGUUCAAGAUAUUUGACCCUGAACCACGAGAACCAAAAUAUCACAGAGGUUUCUUCAAGCGCUAAGAACGGUAAGGCCUUUGGUUUGACCCAGGACCAGUGCUUCGACAUUUGGUACCCUGGUUCUGCUGGCUAUGAUAACCACGCCCUUUGCAUGACCCCCUCAAAUUUUGACAAGGAUAAGAAAUAUCCCCUUGCUUUUCUUGUCCACGGUGGACCGCAAAGUGCUUGGACCGAUGACUGGAGCACCCGCUGGAACCCGGCUAUUUUUGCUGAGCAGGGUUACAUAGUCGUCUGUCCCAACCCUACCGGCAGUACUGGUUAUGGCCAGGCUCACACUGAUGCCAUUGCUUGUAACUGGGGGGGCGCGCCUUACCAAGAUCUCGUCAAGGCUUUUGAAUACAUUGAGAAGGAGAUGCCAUAUGUCGACAUUGAUCGUUCUGUUGCCCUCGGCGCAUCCUAUGGUGGCUACAUGAUGAACUGGAUUCAGGGCCACCCUCUUGGACGACGAUUCAAGGCCAUUGUUUGCCAUGACGGUGUCUUUUCUACUCUUAGUCAGUGGUCCACCGAAGAAUUAUUCUUUCCCGAGCACGACUUUGGCGGCACUCUCUGGGAAAAGCGUGAGAAUUACGAGAAGUGGGAUCCUGCUAGAUAUACUGGCAAUUGGAAGACGCCCAUGUUGGUUAUCCACAACGAGCUGGACUACCGCCUCAGUAUCGCCGAGGGCUUAGCCAUGUUCAAUGUGCUGCAAGCGCGCAACAUCCCCAGCAAGCUUCUAGUGUUUCCCGACGAGAACCAUUGGGUUCUGAAGCCGGAAAACUCUCUUGUCUGGCACAAAGAGGUGCUGAACUGGAUUAAUAAGUUCAGCGGUGUUUCAUCGUGA